AUGGACUCUCAGGAGCUCACUAGUCGCGUCAACCCGGAUUAUUAUGCUAAGCUAAUUAUCGAUUACGCCAGGCAAUCCUUGGGAGACUCUGCCUUCUCUGGCGAUAUCUAUGAGGGACUAGCCGCCUUCCUCUCUCGUGAAUUCGAUGACCGAGUCCCUGUGGAUGUCAUCGUACAUACAUUAGCCUCUGGACCGGACACAAGUCAACGAAGCGAGAAGAUAGCCGCAGGAGUCGCCAGGCCGUCAUGGUACAAAACAGCCAAUCAGCUGGAGCACCUUCGCCAUGUCUUCAUUUCCGAAGAUGGUAACAAAAAGCACCAAGUACCCGUUCAAACACAUAGCACGGCCAUCAUAUUCAUGCAGGGCCAUCAGCCUCCAGAAUGCCUUACACGCCUCGGCGCCUUUUUUAACAUCGACCCGCGGUUCUUCAAUCGACAUCUUGAGUAUUUCUGGCACUCUCGGCCCUUGAAGCUAUUCCCAUCUCCUUCGCUACCCUCUGCCUCCUUUGGUAUCAUCCGACUUAGGUUGGUCACUCUUGGGGAACACAAAGAAACUGGAAAGGGCCACACUCGCUCGACCGUCAAGACGAUGCGAAGCAUGAGUGAGUUGGCGAUGGAAGAGUACCUGCACGAUCUUACCCGGGAGUACAUGUUGCAAGCAGGAAAUUCCAUCGUGCGCGCGUUCAAUGUUCAUAGCACGAAAUACUUCUCUAUCGAGCAGGAAGUAACGGUUACGGUGAAGUCGGUCCCCACCGGUGGAUGGGUUCUUCUCGUCUGGACAGAUGUUGGCCAAGACUUAUCGAAGGGCCCAAGAGGUCCAUGGCACCGGGGAACCACCCAUACCGUUCAAGUGAACUCUCCAUUUCUCCCCAACAUUCAUCAUUUCACACCUUGGUCGGCGGGAGCAACAAAGACUCCAAUUUCCAGAAUUGUUUCCGGUUCGCAUCAGCCACCAAGUCCGUUUGCGCAGUCCGCAUUGUGUCUCGCUACGAAAUAUGGGACGACCCUGGAUGCGACACUUGCGGUGGUAGACUCCUUCUAUUCGACUACCGAGCUGUUCCAGGCUUCCAUUAACUCCAUUUGUCAACUUCUCAAUCUGAUAGAGACCAUAGUCGACGAAAGCACCGGGUACAAGCUCUACAAGUCGCCGAACCAGAGCAUCGCCAACCUGGCCUAUCACAUGGACAUUCUCAACCGCUUCGAGAACAGACUUCGCGAAAACGUAGUCGAGAUCGAGAGCAUUGAGAGCAACCCAUGGCCUAGUGGUAUCGAAGGAACAAGACAAAGCAGCCAACAUGGGUUGAAACUGAAGACCAAGGAAGUUCUCCUCACAGACAUUAGGAACCUUAUAUUCCGUGUCGAGAACCUUUUGCAACGCUGCCAGAGCGGUGUAUCAACGUGUAUGGGCAGUGCUGCAAUAGCCGAAUCUGAGAGGGCGAUUCAACAAGCCCAACAGAUGAGAUUGCUUACCCGGCUCGCCUUCUUCUACAUACCACUAUCAUUCACGACAUCCUUCUUUGGGAUGAACGUUUUGCUAUUCGGUUCGGGUAAUCUUCAAUUGUCGACAUGGUUUGUUGUUUCUAUUCCGCUGCUUGUUGUAUCGUACCUUGCUCUCAUUAUGGCCGAGCGCGGUUGGCUCUCUACGGGGGUAAUCCAGAGGUAUUACCAGACUUUGUCGACUCGGAGGGAUGGGCAGCAGGAUGGGCAAAAAGAAAAGGCGGGCUUUGGUGAUGGAUAUCCACCCCAACCAGACCGACCAGCCGCCCAGCACUAA